GGACGGAGGUUGGGGAGAGGGAGGUUUUGCGGGUGAUGGCACGGUCGUGGGGGGGUGGGGAGGAGGAGGGGGGUUCGGGUUUGAAGAGUGGGUUGGGGUUGGUGUCGGGCAUUGCGUCGUCGUCGUCGUCGUCUUCGUCUUCGUCGUCUUCGAUUUUGAUUGUUCUGCCGCGACCUUUUCCUUUUGCGUUCGAGUUCGAGUUCGAGUUUGAGUUUGAGUUUGAGUUUGAUUUCGGUUUCGUGUGCGUGUGUGCUUUUUCGACUUUUACACCUAGGUCUUUGUCGAGGACUGCUUUUUUCUCUUUUCUCCUGAUUCUGUCUGAGGUGACUGGUGCGAGAUCAUCGAGUGUGCCAUCCGCCAUGCGUCCCACGUAUUUCAUCUCUACCUUCCCUCCUUCGCCUCCUCCCUCGCCGUCGUCGUCGCCUGAACUGUACUCCUCACCAUCGCUAUCCUCGUCUUUCCGCUUUCGCCGUUCGCGGAACUUUGGUUGAGAGGGAGUGAAACCAGAGAACUCGGACCCGAGGUUCGCGAAUUGUUGUGUCGAGCGUGCACGAGCUGCCAUCGCCGCUGGACCCUGAGCAAGAGGUCCACUCGCAACAAGCGGCGCCUCGAAUCGUCCUCGACCGCGGCCUCUACCUCUCGAGCCGAAUCCGAAGCCACCGCGGGACGAUUCACCUUCAGUUCUGAGGGAUGACUCGGAGAGGGAUGAGGUUCCUUCUUUUUGUCGACGUGCGACGAAUUUGGGGGUGAAUUUCAGUUUUGGGCCAGCUGUGCUUGAGGUCCCGCUCGCGUUUGAGGGUGCUGGGUUGGGAGCACUGGGACGUCCUACACCGCGUCCACGACUCGCUCCACCCCUUCCAACGAGACUCGCUAAUCGUCCUUCUCUUGGAGCGUCUGGAUCGGUCAUUAUGGAUUGUUUGUG